CAUCGUUCAGUGCGAGAGAGAGAGCUCAAUAUGGAGAAAAUCUGCGUUGCUGUUCGUUUGAGGCCAUCUGUAUCUCAAGAUUCAAUCCGUGGAACGUACUGGAAGAUUGACGACAAUCGAAUUUCGCUUCACAGAGCUCACGAUACGCCAAUCUCCGGCAAUUCCUUCGCUUUUGAUCAUGUGUUGGACGAAAGCUGUACCAACGGUAGUGUUUACGAACUUGUUGUUAAGGAUAUUAUUCAUGCUGCUGUUGAAGGUUUUAAUGGAACCGCUUUCGCUUAUGGACAGACCAGUAGUGGUAAAACGUUCACCAUGAAUGGUUCUGAAAGUGAUGCAGGAGUUAUUCACAGAUCAGUGAAAGACGUGUUUGAAAAAAUUCACACGAUGUCAGAUCGAGAAUUUCUGAUUCGAGUUUCCUACAUGGAAAUUUAUAACGAAGAAAUUAAUGAUCUAUUAGCAGUCGAGAACAAUAAGUUGCCAAUUCAUGAGAGCCUGGAGCGUGGAAUAUUUGUUGCAGGUCUCAAGGAGGAAAUCGUCAAUAAUGCUGAUCAAGUUUUAAAGCUCAUCGAGCAGGGUGAAGUAAAUAAACACUUUGGUGAAACAAAUAUGAAUGCCAGGAGUAGUAGGUCGCACACAAUAUUCAGAAUGGUAAUUGAAAGCAAGGGGAAGGACACCGCUGAGACUUCGAGUGCUGAUUCCAUACGUGUCUCUGUAUUGAAUUUGGUAGACUUAGCUGGGUCUGAGCGAAUUGCUAAAACUGGAGCUGAAGGAACACGUUUGAAAGAAGGCAAGCAUAUUAAUAAGAGUUUAAUGAUUCUUGGGAACGUUAUCAAUAAGCUAAGCGAGGGGGUUAGGCAGAGGGGACACAUUCCCUACCGAGACAGUAAGCUGACGCGCAUACUCCAACCAGCCCUGGGUGGUAAUGCUAAAACUUCAAUAAUAUGCACUAUAGCUCCAGAAGAGGUACAUAUAGAAGAAACAAAAGGAACUCUCCAGUUUGCUAGCAGAGCAAAGCGCAUCACCAAUUGUGUUCAAGUGAAUGAGAUUUUGACGGAUGCAGCUUUAUUGAAGCGUCAGAAUCAAGAGAUAGAGGAACUGCGUAAAAAACUUCAGGGAUCACAUGCGGAAGUACUUGAGCAGGAGGUUUUGAAGUUGAGGAACGAUUUGUUGAAGUAUGAACUUGAACGUGAAAACUUGCAAAUGGAACUUGAAGAGGAGAGGAAUUCACACAAAGAACGUGAUCAACGUAUCAGGGAGCAACAGAUGAAAAUAGAAAGUCUCAAUAGUCUUGUCAAUCUUUCGGAGUCUGCACAAAACUCCAGCCAAAGUCGAGAACAAGGUUCUAUGAAAAAUACUCUCAAGGAAGAUUUCAGUGGCAGUUGUAAUAAAAGCCUUGAAGAUGGAUUUGUAACACCCUUUUUCAAGGCAGCUCCUAAUGCCUUUGUUGCCAGGCGAUCUAAUUAUUCCAUGCCUCCUGAGUGUAGCCCUCUUCCGGAUACUUUUAGCAACGUUGCCGAUGAGGAUACUUGGUUGAAAUUGAAUAAAGGCUUUGUAGCUGAUCUUGAUUCACUUCAAACGACUCCUACGAUAAAAGUGCAAUCGUUUCCAUUUAAUGAUCUAACUCCUGGUCAGGGUCUCUCCAAUGAGAACCAUAAACAAGAGCUUCAAAAUCUCGAGAGACAACUGGAGCAUGCCAUCAUGGAGAAAAAUAAACUUCAGGAAAAGCAUGAGAAGCAAGUUCUUGUAAACGAUAAACUAAUGGCAGAGAUAUCAGAGCUUCAACAAGAAGCACAAGUAAUCAAGGAACUUCCGCAAAAGAUGUUCAAUUCUUUGGCGAUUUGUAAAGAUGUUUACAUGGACAUCCUAUCUUCCCUUAAGAAUACCACACAUGACGAGAAAUCAUCAACUGUAAAAUUGCUAUUAAGCACCGGCGAAAUUGGAACAUGCCUUUUUACUACUCUGGAAGCUCAUUUAACUACAGCCAUGAAUGGACAGAGUGGUUUCCCAGUGAAUGAUUCACUUAAUCAAGACCUUCACGAUAUACUUCGUUCGAGGGUGAAUAGCAUAAUAGAAUCUCUUGUGUUAUCAGAAACAUCCAUUGUUGUUGGUUGUAAGCAAACGAUGGAUCCCUCGAGCACUCAUCAGUGCAAGGGAUGUGCUGAGGACGACUUAUGGAAGGAAAGGUUGAGUACCGAACUUGAUGAUAUCAGGAAAAGAUGCCAUGGCCAAGAGAAUGAGCUAGCAUCCAACAACCAACUCUUGGAGUCAUCGAAGCAACAAUAUAACAACUUAGAAAGAGACUUCAAGGUUGUGCAAGAUGAAAGAGAGUCUUUGCGUAAAAUGGUCUCUGAAUCUGUUCAGAAACUGAAGGUGGAGAAGGAGCAGAAAGAAACCGUACUGAAGGAACUGAUCACUGAAAUCACGAGACGAAAAGAUCUAGAAGAAGGGAUUAAGCGAUUCAGUGCUGCAUUUGCCUCUAGACACAGAUCAUUCAUGUCAUUCAGCAGCGAGGUAAGGUCCAAAACUGAGGAACUGAAGACCCAGAAUCCGGCCGUUGCUGUACCUGUUCCCAAAUCUCUUGGGGGUUGAAAAUUGGGCAUUGAUUUAAUUAAUUGAACUCAUGCACGUUUUUUUGCCUGUUGUAUUGUGUGUAGGUGAUCAUGUAUGUAGCAUUGAUUUCUC